UCACUGCUCUCCAGGAGACUCAGCACUGCCCUGUUCCUUCCUAACCUGAGUCAGGACUGAGCAGAGAAUCCUCCACCACAAACAGCAGGCACUAUCUGCCACAGUUCCUUUCCCUGAUAGCUUCAAAUUCUCUGCCUUUUGAAAUAAGCCUAUUUUUAACUGGAACAAAUAAUUGGUCAAUCUGUACCUCAGGUGAAGAGGAGUGAAGCCUCUGCAAACACUUAGGAACAAACUGUAAAAACCAAAAGCAUUUGUGUAACCUGUUCAAUAAGCUUGUUGGACUUUGUCCCUAUGUAUGAGUUAGGCAAUUCUUUCAGCUAGUUUGAGUGACACGCUGACCAGUGAAGCGCAGUGAAGCAGUGGGAACCAGAAUAUCCAAAGAGUGGUUUGAAGGAGAAAGAAGCAUUGUGGCUUUAUAUCCUCUGGGCCUGGGUUUCCUGAAGUCAUCAUACAUAGAAGACAGAAAAAAUGGCUGAGUUAAAGUACAUUUCUGGAUUUGGGAAUGAGUGUGCUUCAGAGGAUCCUCGCUGCCCAGGUUCCCUGCCAGAAGGACAGAAUAAUCCUCAGGUCUGCCCCUACAAUCUCUACGCUGAGCAGCUCUCAGGAUCGGCUUUCACUUGUCCACGGAGCACCAAUAAGAGAAGCUGGCUGUAUAGGAUUCUACCUUCAGUUUCUCACAAGCCCUUUGAAUCCAUUGAUGAAGGCCAUGUCACUCACAACUGGGAUGAAGUUGAUCCUGAUCCUAACCAGCUUAGAUGGAAACCAUUUGAGAUUCCAAAAGCAUCUCAGAAGAAAGUAGACUUUGGCCUGCACACCUUGUGUGGAGCUGGAGACAUAAAGUCUAACAAUGGGCUUGCUAUCCACAUUUUCCUCUGCAAUACCUCCAUGGAGAACAGAUGCUUUUACAAUUCAGAUGGGGACUUCUUGAUUGUUCCCCAGAAAGGGAACCUUCUCAUUUACACUGAGUUUGGCAAGAUGCUUGUACAGCCCAAUGAGAUCUGCGUCAUUCAGAGAGGAAUGCGGUUCAGCAUAGAUGUCUUUGAGGAGACCAGGGGCUACCUCUUGGAGGUCUACGGUGUCCACUUUGAGUUACCUGACCUUGGACCAAUUGGGGCCAAUGGCUUGGCCAAUCCUCGUGAUUUCUUGAUACCCGUUGCCUGGUAUGAGGAUCGCCAAGUACCAGGUGGUUACACUGUCAUUAAUAAAUACCAGGGCAAGCUGUUUGCUGCCAAACAGGAUGUCUCCCCAUUCAAUGUUGUGGCCUGGCACGGGAAUUAUACACCCUACAAGUACAACCUGAAGAAUUUCAUGGUUAUCAACUCAGUGGCCUUUGACCAUGCAGACCCAUCCAUUUUCACAGUGUUGACUGCCAAGUCUGUCCGCCCUGGAGUGGCCAUCGCUGAUUUUGUCAUCUUCCCACCUCGAUGGGGGGUUGCUGAUAAGACCUUCAGGCCUCCUUAUUACCAUAGGAACUGCAUGAGUGAGUUCAUGGGACUCAUCCGAGGUCACUAUGAGGCAAAGCAAGGUGGGUUCCUGCCGGGUGGAGGCAGUCUGCACAGCACAAUGACCCCCCAUGGACCUGAUGCUGACUGCUUUGAGAAGGCCAGCAAGGCCAAGCUGGCACCUGAGAGGAUUGCCGAUGGCACUAUGGCAUUUAUGUUUGAAUCAUCUCUAAGUCUAGCGGUCACCAAGUGGGGACUCAAGGCCUCCAAGUGUUUGGAUGAGAACUACUACAAGUGCUGGGAGCCACUCAAGAGCCACUUCACUCCCAAUUCCAGGAACCCAGCAGAACCUAAUUGAGACUGGAACAUUGCUACCAUAAUUAAGAGUAGAUUUGUGAAGGUUUCUUCAGAAUCUUAUGCUUUCUGGUAGUACUGGGAGCGGGGGUUGGUUAAAAUGAAAACUCACUUUUCAUAGUCAAGUAACUCAGAACUUUUGCGGAAACGCAUUUGCAAAGUUCUACGGCUGUCACCUUAAUUACUCAAUAAACUUGCUGGUGUUCUGUGGAA